AUGUCUCCUCCAAAAGUCUCAUUAUUGGGGAAAGAUGCACAGAAAUGUGAAUUUGAUGAGCUACACAUACACCUAUUGUUGUUGAGACUAUAUAUUACCAUUGUUAAUGUUCUUCGCAGACAUCACCGACUGGACUGGAAAUGCCUAGCCUACAAAGGAUUACCCACCAAUGUGCAUGUUGACAGUGACAACCAGCUGAUCCACGCUUCCCAUGACCAUGAUGCUGACACCGACACCAACUCCAUGAACAUUCUCCAUGAGUACAACAGGCACCUGGUUGCAUACAAGGAUGUGGACAGUAGCACAUGCUACAUCGAUCGCCUGGACGAGACCUUUGAGGAGGGCUAUCAGCGCUGGAGGUCCUAUGAGGAAGGGCGUAACAGCUCACAGGCAUUGAAAGUCAUCAGUCAGUCCAUAGAAGUGGAAGUGCUGCAGCACAUUGGGGACAUCCACAUCUAUGCUCACUGCCAAAAUGCACAGUCAUUUUGGGUGAAGGAGAUAGACAUAAGAGAGGUGACCACUGAGAUGAGAGUCGUGUACGUGUGA